AUGAUGUCUCGCGAUCCCGCACGAUCGCCGCGCUGCAGCGUCGGAGUGGUGGCGGCGUCCGCGUUAGUAGCCGUUUUCCUAGGGUGCAGCUUCGUGACGUGGAUUCGUGACGUCAGCCAGGACAGCACGGUGCGGCGGAUGAUAGAGGCGCACGUGAGCGAGCAGCAGAGAGUGGCGACGCUGUACGAAGAUCACAUCGCAGCCGUGUACCCCCUCGUGUCCACCUUCUCCCAGCCCGCGCGCCGCAGCGCCCCCCCGCGGAGAGCGUGGGUGGAGCGCAUGGGGCACAGGGGCCCCGCGCGCGUGUGCCAGUACGCGGAGGCGGAGGUGCGCGCGGCGCUGGCGCGCCCGCACAGCUGCGGAGCGGGGGAAGCGCGGUAUUUCUACGCGGGCGUGUGGAUGACGUGGGAGUUUCUAAGAUACGAGGUGCUUCGGGAGGGGGCCGGGGGGGAAGCGGAGGAGAGGAGCGCGGGGGCGCGGGGGAGAGGAGGGGAAGGGCGAGAGGAGAGGAGAGGGGAGGAACGGAGGCGGAGGGGGUUGAGGGAGAAGGAGAGAGAGUGGGGAGGGGAGUGGGAGGGGGGGUGGGAGGAGGGCCGAGAAGGGCCUGGGGCGGAGGGGGGGGAUGGCGGAGCUGGCGGGGGAGGCGGGGAAGGGGGGGGGAACAGGGGAGGCGGAGAGGCGUUGGUGUGUGUGAUGGCAUGUUCAUACCGGGAGAUGCUUCAGUGCUCCAAGGGCCGGCCGUGCAUCCAUGCCUUCCACCUGAGGCGAUCAGAGUCAGGUAGGGUAGGGGGGAAUGGCCUGGAGAGGGGGACAUGGGAAAGGGGUGCGUUGGGGGCGGAGGAGGGGAGGGAGAGAUGGGGCCGGAUCUGGGGGUGCGCACUGUACCACUUGAGUCGUCCCAAAACCCUCUCUUCCCCCAUCCUUCUCUCCUCCGCGCGUCCCCUCGCCCUGCCGCCACCCCUCUCUGUCCCAGAUCUAGCCACGCUGCACCGGCUGUACGACGGAGACCCCCUGCCGGCGCUACAGCCGGAUAUAGGGGUGCGCACUGUGCUGGACGCGGGAGCUGGGGCCGGGAUUCUCUCUGUGCUCCUCGCGUGCAUGUACCCAACAGCAGUGCUGGUAACCACAGAAGCAUCUGAGUCAGGGUUCCGCGCUCUCUCCCUCAACACUGCUCCCUACGACAACGCCAUUGCGCUCAGAGCAGCGCUGUGGUCGCACGUGACGAGCCUGGUGCUGCAGGCGGAUGGGGGACGGGCGAGAUUCAUUGAAGUGGAACAGAACGCCGUGAGUGCCAGGCAGGGGAAGGGUGGGGGGUGGUGUGCGGUUGCUCAAGUGGUGGGUGGUGAGGAGGAUGCUGCCCGCAUGGUGAUGCCAGUAGUAGGCUUGAGAGAGUACUAUGCACCAAGGCAGGCGGGCUCGCUCCUAAACGCGUCGUCAGCAGCAGCAGUGACCGGCCUCUCAGGCUCUUUCCUCCCAUUCCAUCUUCACCACUUCUCACCCCUCUCACCCUGUUCCACUCCCUCCCACCAUUCACCCUCCCAGGCGGGUUCGCUCCUCAACGCGUCCUCAGCAGCAGCAGUCACCGGCCUCUCCGGCUCCUUCCUGCUCCAAUUCCUCGGCCUACGCCGCUUCGACCUGGUCCGAAUCAACAUGGAGGGCAACGCGCGUGUCCUACUCAACCUGCACGCUCCCCACGACUCCAUGUGGCUACUCGCCGGUCCCCGUCUCGUCGCCUUUGACUCUCGCCCAGAAAUCCUCACUCUCACUCUCCCUGCUGACGCUCCCCCUUCCUCCUCCGCGUCUGCGGCUCGGCCGCUGGUUGCGGCGUUUUACGGCGCGCAGUCCCCGCCGGCGUAUCAAGAGGUGAAGGAGGGCAUAGGCGCAGAGUACAUAGUGUUUCGGAGACGGACGCACAGCUGA